GUGUACCUGACAGCAGGCACUGUGUACGGACUGGAGGGCCAGCUCAAUGAGCUGGAAGAUGCCGCCCGCUGCAUCCAUAGUGGCACUGAUGAGACCGAACUGGCGGAUCUGGAGGACCAGGUAGCCACAGCUGCAGCCCAGGUCCAUCAUGCUGAGCUCCAGAUUUCUGACAUCGAGAGCCGGAUUUCAGCCCUGACCAUUGCAGGAUUAAACAUAGCGCCCUGUGGGCGCCUUGCAAGAAAACGGGAUCAGAAGCAAAGAAAUCAGGUACAAACCAUAGACACAUCAAGGCAGCAGAGGAGAAAACUCCCUGCCCCACCAGUGAAAGCUGAAAAAAUGGAGGCAUCUUCAGUGACCACCAUUAAAACAUUUAAUCACAACUUCAUUCUCCAAGGCUCCUCAACAAACCGAACUAAAGAAAGGAAAAGCACCAAGGAUUUGAUGGAGCCCACUCUGGAGUCCGCUGUGAUGUAUUAACGCCAUGGAACUCUACUGCCAGUGACCCACUGCCUCCAGCCGUACACGACAGUGCCUUGACCCAACAGCCAUCAAGUACUGUAUGGAUUUCCACCUGAGGAGAGGGCUGGGGAGGCUACAGUGCACCAUUGCACAGGGCUGUCCUGAUACCUCACCCAGAAGCAGUCUCAGACUUCAUUGCAAUCUUGCCCACUCUCUGCUCAGGCUCCCAGGGGAAUCCAAGACAGAAAAUCAAGACGCUGGCUUCCAACAGCAGAGCUCCAUGUUCAAAAGAUGCAUCUUUUCCCUGUUCACUUUGCUACUGUGUGUUGUCUUUAAAAAAAUUUUUUUUUGAUCCCUUUGAUGAAACUAGAAUUCCAUGUCAACAAUUUGUCUAAAGGAGAAUUGUUGGAGGGGGGUGGAGGAAAGGGAGGUGAGGAUUAUCAUUUAAUUCAUCAUCAAUGCUUAUUAAUCUCUCACAAGCAUCUUUGUCUUAUAAAUGCUAAUGUCUUACAAAAAGCAAGCCCCUGUAGUGAGCACUAGGGACAGUCUAAUUUCAGGAUUGUUCAACCAUCAAGGAUGCAGGUCUCUCUUUAGCCACCUUCCUCUUGCUGAGCUCCUAGCCCACUAUACUAACAAUCAUUCCUACUGCUUUGCAACCACAGGCCACAGAAUGGAAAGCCCUGACACCCAUGCCAUGCCUGAGUCUACCCCAAACAGUGUCUCAUUAUAGGGCUCUUCUGUGGACUUACUGAGCCUUUCUCCACUUCAAAGGGGAGAAGGGCUUGAGAAAGACCACCACUGGCUCAACUUUAGGGCACUGUCCAGAACCAGAAUCACAUGAUGUGGUUGAGCAAUGACUGUGUCUAGAUGAUGUUUAGGUAAAUGGAUUCUUGCAGAAUAUAAAACCACAUGAGAAACUUUUUGUCCUGCCAAAUUUAUUUCCCAAUAAAUAUUCAGCAAAGUAGAAAAAUGACGUUAAAGAUAAACAUGAUGAGGAGAUAGCCUUAGAAAAUUUACAGAUAUGAAAAAGCAAGGACAAACUGAAUGAAUUUAAUGGACACAAGAGUUGACACUGACUCCAUGUUUGUGGUCUGUUUGGACCCGUCUCAAAUGCAUGACCAUUUAGAGUGUGUUUAGAAAAGCAAACGGAACUGGAAUCUCACUCAAUUAAUUGGGCAUUAGCAACCCGUUUUUUAUGUUUGCUUCUGAUAUAUUUUGAAUCUGAGGAAGAAGGCUAAAGAGGAGAGGCAAGGAAAUAAUGUGAUUAAUGUUUAAGUGCCUGCUCUGAAGGAGGCAAUGCUCUUCUCACUGUAAUACUUACAGCAACCCUGUUCAGUAGGAAUCCCCAUUUUUCAGACUUGAUAACUGAGGGCCAGAGAGAUUAUGCCAAAGCCACACCUUUAAGCUAAUUAUAAUUGGAAUGCUUUACAAAAGCCUCACUCUGUGUUGUUUUCAAACUCUGUGUUCUUUAGCUACUAUCUGCAUUUCCAGACCUGAUUUGCUGCUGUUAUAGUGUUAUGAUCCACUCCUGGUGGGGGUCUACAUAUCUUCCAAUAAUACUCCUUGCUGAUGCUGUGUGUGUGUGUUAUCCAACAGAAAUGACUCCUUUCAAAUAAGUAAAUCUUUGGCUUUUUGUUCUGUUGGUGUGAUUCAAAGCAAAACAAAGACAAAUUUCAAAAACACAACAAAAAAAGAUCUGACUUCCAAAUAGAACGUUUUCUUUAAGAGGCAUGAAAAGCAACUAUUGUUGUGUUACAGUGUUAAAAUACUGUUUUCUUUGACAAAAACGUGUAUUGUGUAAGCCUUGCAAAAAAAAAAAAAAAAAAAGAAGAUGAAGCCUGCUCUAUGGCAUUUGAAUUUUUAUAAAGGUUUCCUUGUGCCAAAUAAGUGCAAAGAUUUAAUUUACUAUUAAAAACCAUAAGCAUAUGUUAUAGUUCCAGAAGAAUUAUUUUGUCAUCAAGUGAUUUUGAUCUUUAGUGUCAAUAUUUAUAUUUAGAUUAAUUUUUAUAAAUGAAAAUAUUUUAAUGGUUUAAGAAAAUGAGGACAAUAGGACAAUACCUUUGAUGACUUCUGAAAGUUACGCCUGCCUUCAUGUUAUAUGCACAUUGCCGAGAAUCACUGUCAAGAGAAAUGAUAAAGAAGUAAAAGUCAUUUAUGAAAAUGAA